AUGGAGGCGAUGGAUAUACAGGCUGUUGAGUCAAAAUUGAGUGAUGUAACGGUGACCGCGAUACCUAUGACCAGUAAGAACGUGCACAAGGACAUAGGACAUAGUGGGAACAGCCACGCAACAAUCUCCACGGUGCCUGCCGCUUCUCCUUCGUCGAUCGGUAAAGACAAGGAUAACGGUAUGUCAAAAUAUGCUCAGUUGUUAGCAGUUAUUGAAGAAAUGGGUAAGGAAGUGAGACCAAGCUAUUCAGGCAGUCGUAGUUCAGCGGAGCGUCUAAAACGAGGCAUUGUUCACGCGCGUAUUCUUGUCAGGGAGUGCCUGAUCGAGACUGAGAGGUCAGCUAGACAGUAA